GUGCGGCCGCCGCGCCCGCCGGCGCCCCGCGGGGAUGCGGCCAAUGUCUUAAGAUGGUGUUGGUUGCAGGUGUUAAUAGGAUAAGUGAAAAUAAGAAUAUCCAGAUAUUAAGAUAAGAACUAAAAAAAACAAACAGGGAAGCACUCAUAUUUCAAGAUCUCAACGAAAAGGUAGCAAUAGUUAAUAUGGAACAAAAAGCUGGUGAACCAAAUAAUGAAGAUCUUUUAUCAAGUAGUGGCGUCACAUCCAACGGAGGUUCUUCAAGUCCAUUUUUUAUGUCGUCUAUUCGUGGUACAAUAAUUGAAAACACAUCUUCAGCUGGGACAUUGACACAGAUUCCUUUUUUCCCCAAAUAUGAAGUGGAGCUUGAUUCUCCUAGAAAAGUUAUCCCUUACCCUGGAAAGGAACACAUUGAACGUGUUUUGGAAGAAUAUUCACAUCAAGUCAAAGAUCUGCAGAGAAGACUAAAUGAAAGCAAUGAAUUGCAUGAGAAACAAAAGUUUUACUUAAGGCAAUCCGUCAUUGAUUUGCAAACAAAACUUCAAGAGAUGCAAAUGGAGAGAGAUGCCAUGGCUGACAUCAGGCGAAGGGAGAGUCAGUCCCAGGAAGAUUUAAGAAAUCAGCUUCAAAAUACAGUUCAUGAACUUGAAGCUGCCAAAUGCCUUAAGGAGGACAUGCUGAGAGAUAGCAACACACAGAUAGAGCAGCUGAGAAAGAUGAUGCUGAGUCAUGAGGGAGUGCUUCAAGAUAUCAGAUCAGUCCUAGUUGACUUUGAAGAAGCCUCAGGCAAGAAGAUAUAUGAACAUGACAGCGUGUCUACUCUCCACUUCCGCAACAUGGGCUCAGCUAUUAGCAAAAUCCUAAGAGAAUUAGACACAGAGAUAUCUUAUCUUAAAGGGAGGAUAUUUCCAGUAGAGGAGCAGCUUGAAGCACUGAAGUCUGAAUCACAGAACAAAAUAGAACUGCUUCUUCAACAACAUCAAGAUAGGAUUGAGCAGUUAAUAAGUGAACAUGAAAUUGAAAUAACAGGACUUACCGAGAAAGCUAGCAGUGCUCGAAGCCAAGCCAAUAGCAUCCAGAGUCAACUGGAAAUCAUUCAAGAACAAGCAAGAAACCAAAAUUCAAUGUAUAUGCGUCAACUCAGUGAUCUGGAAUCUACUGUUUCUCAGCUACGUUCUGAAUUAAGGGAAGCCAAAAGGCUGUAUGAAGACAAGAUAGAAGAGCUCGAAAAGCAGUUAGUCCUUGCCAACUCUGAGCUAACUGAGGCACGGACAGAACGUGAUCAGUUCAGUCAGGAAUCAGGAAAUUUGGACGAUCAGCUUCAAAAGCUGUUGGCUGAUCUGCAUAAAAGAGAGAAGGAGCUGAGUCUGGAGAAGGAGCAGAAUAAGCGGCUGUGGGACCGGGACACGGGCAACAGCAUCACCAUUGACCACCUGCGGCGGGAGCUGGAUGAUAGGAACAUGGAGUUGCAGCGCCUGGAAGCCCUCCUCAAGGCCAUGAAGAGCGAGUGUCAGGGCCAGAUGGAGCGGCAGAUGGCGGCAAUUCAGGGAAAGAAUGAAAGUCUAGAAAAAGUGUCCUCCCUGACUGCUCAGCUUGAAUCCACCAAAGAGAUGCUCCGAAAAGUGGUCGAAGAGUUGACCGCCAAGAAAAUGACCCUGGAGAGCUCAGAGAGGACCGUUUCAGACCUGACAGCUUCCCUCCAGGAAAAAGAGAGAGCCAUCGAGGCUACCAAUUCGGAGAUCACAAAGCUGCGCUCCCGGGUGGACUUGAAAUUGCAGGAACUGCAGCACCUUAAGACGGAGGGAGAUCACCUCAGAAACGUGCAGACAGAGUGUGAGGCCCUCAGGCUCCAGAUGGCAGAGAAGGACAAGGUGAUCGAGAUUUUGCGACAGCAGAUCGAAAACAUGACACAGCUGGUUGGCCAGCAUGGACGAACGGCUGGUGCCAUGCAAGUGGAAAAGGCUCAGCUCGAAAAGGAGAUCAAUGAUAGGAGACUGGAGCUACAGGAAUUCAAGAUUUUAAAAGAUAAAAAAGAUGCAAAGAUACGGGAACUUGAGGCCCGAGUGAGUGACCUGGAGCUGGAAAAGGUGAAGCUGGUGAAUGCAGGCUCUGAGCGGCUCCGUGCAGUGAAGGACAUCAGGCAGGAGAGGGACCAGUUAUUAAAUGAGGUGAAGACCAGCAGGAAUGAGUUGCACAGUCUUUCAGAGGACUAUGAAGUCUUAAAAAGGAAUUUUCGAAACAAAACUGAAGAGAUGGAAGCUACUACAAAUAAACUGAAAAUGCAAUUAAAAUCUGCACAGUCUGAACUCGAACAAACAAGAAAUACGUUAAAGUCGAUGGAAGGAUCCGAUGGUCAUGCUAUGAAAGUGGCAAUGGGGAUGCAAAAGCAAAUCACGGCUAAAAGAGGUCAGAUAGAUGCCCUUCAAAGCAAGAUACAGUUUUUGGAAGAGGCAAUGACAACUGCAAAUAAGGAAAAGCAUUUUCUAAAAGAAGAGAAGAAUAAAUUAAGCCAGGAAUUGAGUACUGUUGCAACAGAAAAAAACAAGAUGGCUGGAGAACUGGAAGUCCUGAGAUCACAGGAGCGCCGUUUGAAAGAAAAAGUUGCUAAUAUGGAAGUUGCUCUUGAUAAGGCAUCUUUGCAGUUUGCAGAAUGUCAAGAUAUCAUACAGCGUCAGGAACAAGAAUCUGUGCGCCUAAAACUUCAACACACUUUGGAUGUAAAAGAACUUCAGGGCCCUGGAUACACCUCAAAUACUUCUGUGAAGCCACGCCUUCUACAGCCAUCCUCAGCCACCCGUUCCCAUUCUAAUGUACCGUCAUCCCAGUCCACAGCCAGCUUCCUGUCUCAUCACUCGUUGAAACCUAACACGUUGAAGGAAGAUCCAACGAGGGACCUGAAACAGCUUCUCCAAGAGUUGAGAAGUGUGAUCAACGAGGAGCCAGCUGUGCCUCUGGGCAAGCCCGAAGAAGAAGGGAGAACACCAUCCCUGGGAGCAGAUGAUAGAGUAAGAGAUUGCAUUACUGAAUCAAGCCUGAGAUCAGAGAUAUGCCAGAGAAGCAACAACUCAUUAAGGGACUCCACCGAAGGUAGCAAAUCCAGUGAAACUCUUAGCAGAGAGCCGGUCACAUUACAGACAGGAGACCUAGAAGAUCCAUCUAGUUGUUUUACAUUCCCAUCUACAGCAAGUCCAUCUGUGAAAAAUUCAGCUUCUCGUUCAUUCCAUUCUUCUCCUAAGAAGUCUCCAGUUCACUCACUCCUAACUAGUUCGGUUGAAGAUUCAGUAGGUUCCACAUCACCAUAUAGAUCCACGAAACCCGUUCUUUCACCUGAUUCUGUUAAAGCUUCACAGUCUCAGCCAAUAGAAACAACAGGAAAAACAUGUCGGAAGCUUCAGAACAGACUGGAAAGCUUGCAAACUCUGGUAGAAGAUUUACAGAUGAAGAACCAAGCAAUGUCUUCAAUGAUCAGAAAUCAAGAAAAGAGGAUACAGAAAGUGAAAGACCAGGAAAAAAUGUUACUAAAAUGA